ACAAACUUAAAUCACCUGAUAUCAAUCGAUGACUGCUGAUAUUAUUUACAUAAUCAAAACAGUUUAUAUCGGAAUUUGCCAAAAUAUUUAACAAGAUGAAAAAUAUUUUCAUCGUGUUUUUACUCUUUAACGUUCCUAAGUAUGUAACUUUAAGUGACAUUGAAGUCUUUUCAAAUAGAGUUGUGUUAACCUCAAUCCGGGAAGAUGAUCCCGACAAAUGGUUUGAUAAGGAAAAUCCACAGUUUCAAUACAUUGGACAGUUGUGGAUAGGUGAAACCAGAUAUAUCAAAGCCAAAAUACGACAAACAAAUACUAAAGAAAAGAUAAGCUUUUUAAGCGAAGACCCGGAUGUUGAAAUUCUUAGACGAAAACAAGAGAUAUCAUGGGUAGAACAAGAAAAAUUCCAAACGAGAAUGAGAAGGACAUUAGAUCCAGAAUGGCCUAAUCUGUGGUACUUGAAUGAUGAGGUUUCUCCAUCACUUAAAGUGUCCGCAGCAUGGAAUGCUGGCUACUCCGGCAAAGGGGUUAUAAUCGCUGUUGUUGAUGAUGGCUUAGAGACAGACCAUCCUGAUAUCUCUGCAAACGUCGAUGCAGAACAUGGUAUCAGUUUUCGCGAUGGAGCCACAGAUCCAAAACCAAAGUCAGAUAAAGACGACCACGGUACAAGUGUUACUGGAUUAAUUGCAGCCGUCAGGGACAACAAUAUAUGUAUUCCAGGCGUAGCCUAUAAUUCAACCGUCAUAGGAGUUCAGUUGCUUGGUACCCACGAUAACAUAAAUAAUACAGUGGAUUCGGAUGCUGCUACUGCUUUUCUGCAUUACGUAUCAAAUGUUGAUAUAUAUUCUAAUAGCUGGGGACCCAUAGAGGGUAGUGGAUUUUCUGGUCCUGGCUAUUUAGCGAAGAAAGCGCUCCGCAAUGGAGUAACAACAGGAAGAAACGGAAAGGGCGCCAUUUACAUUUUUUCAGCUGGUAAUGGGGGAUUGGAUGAUAAUUGUAAUGCUGACGGUUAUGCAAAUAGUAUAUACACAAUAGCUAUUACCAGUGUACAAAUUGACGAAAAUGCAUGGUACUCUGAAGUGUGUGCGCCUGCAUUAGCAGCGACAUAUGGUGGCAGUAAACAGGAUCAAUAUUUGACAACAACAAAAAUUAAGUCAGGUUGUACAAACGAAGGUAUUCAGGGAACUUCUUUUUCAGCACCUAUUGCAUCUGCAAUUAUUGCCAUGACACUUGAAGCAAAUCCAAAUCUGACAUGGAGAGAUAUACAACAUCUAGUUGUGUUGACUUCAAACAGGAAAAAUUUCAUUGAUACCUUUUCUGAUUGGUCAACAAAUGGAGCUAAUCAAGAAUUUAGUCAGGUUUUGGGCUUCGGUCUUAUGAAUGCUGAGACUAUGGUAUCUGUUGGUUCUCAAUGGAAAUCAGUGCCACAACAACAUACUUGUGCUUCAAGGAACAAAUUUCCAUAUAUGACUACAACAUCUACAAAAUCGGAUUUAAUUGAUAUUACUGUUCAACAAUGUUCAGCAAUAAAUUAUUUGGAACAUGUACAGGUCAUUGUAACAUUUUCGUAUACAAGAUAUAGAGGUGGUACUCAAUUGUAUUUAAUUUCACCUGCUGGUACAAAGAGCAACCUGUUACACCACAGGAAGGAAGAUGCAGAGGAUAAUUUAUCUGCUGGGAAUCUAAAUUGGACUUAUAUGUCAGUUCAUUUUUGGGGAGAAUCUCCGAUUGGAAAUUGGACCUUGCAGAUAAGUUCAACAAUCCAUUCCGUUAGAGUAAGAUUAGAUAGGUGGUCCCUGAGGUUUUACGGUACUACAACAGAUCCUUGGCAGACUGCUAUCUACAGAGUGGUUCUUGUAAUUGAGACAUCAGCCUAUCAAUCUUCAGACAUAACUACUUUAAACAAUCCAUCAUCCGACCAAUUCAAAGAUGUUAAGGCAGGACUUGGAAGAUAUUGGUCCACCAUGCUUGGAACAAGUUUUUAUAGUACAGCUAUAAAUAGAUUAACACCAACUGAAAAAGGUUAUAUUAUUGUGGAUCAGAAAGUAUACACAAACGAAAACAGUGUGGGAUCAUUGAUAAAAUCUUGUUACGACUUGGUGAAUAGUGAAGAAUCGCUUAGAUUUGGACGUUUUUUGUCCUUAAAAGUAUCCACUAUUAAUAUUACAAACUAUGAAGUACCUGACAGUACAGUGGAAAUAUCAAAUCUGACACAGACAAACGAACUGUGUUCCAUCCGCACAACAUUAUCACCAUGCAGUUCUAAACUUAAAUGUAAAGUUUUAAAUGGCAAGCCAUCGUGUGUCUCCAAGUCAUCCGCUUCAACAGUUAAUAAAGGUGCUAUAAUUGGAGGGGUGCUCGGUAGUAUCGCUACUGCAUUAGCGUUGGCUGGUGCAUUCUAUCUAUAUUGGAAACAAAGACGGGAAUAGUUGAAUCAAGUUUAAAAAAUGGUGAAAAUGAAGAAAAAUGAUCAGAACAAAAGAUAUUUACAACCUCUCCCUGCAAAAUGCAUGUAAUUGUUAAUCUUAAUCAAACUUAUGAUUUUAACACAUGUAUUUAUAUCACACUGCUAACAUUUGUAGCAUAAGACAUUUAAGGAUGUUCGCUCCUCAUGUUUUUGAAUUUUUGCCAAAUAUUCGGAAUCCUCUGGUUUUAUCCAUGUAGUGCCAUUAAACAUUUUGCCCUCUAACCCCUACUUUUCUUUCUAUAAUUUGAUUACAUAUAGUUUAAAAUGUCAUCUUAGAAAAGCUUAAAAAAUCCUUGUUAUUUUUUCAUCGUUUUUGAAAGAAAAAAGGUGCCUAUGUUAAAUGUAUGAAAAAUCGAGGGAGAAAUAUUUCACUCCAAAUUUACAAUGGCUUAUAUCUCAAAAACAAUCACACGGACCCUUCAUUUUUUUCUGCUCUUUUAGUUUCUUGACUUUCCGUUUUGAAUUUUCCUCGGAGUUCGGUAUUUUUGUGAUUUUAACUUUUAUAACAGUCUUUUAAAAAGCUUGUUACUUUGAAACAGAGAAAGGAACAUCCUUAACAACAAUAAACCAAAAAAUAUGCAAUUUUUCGAUCGAUUUAUUUAAAAAAAAUCAAAUAUGUUAUAUUACCAUUUAAUCCAUAAUGACGAACUUGUACUUUAAAACUGAAAUAAAAUAUGUUCUUGUUCGAAGUAAGGAGCCUGUAACUCAGUGGUUGGCGUUUGUUACUGUAUAUAAAAUUUGUUUUUCGUUUGUUGUUUUGCACAUAAAUCAGACUAUUGGUUUCGUUUUUGAAUUGUUUUACAUUUUAUUAUGUGUCGGGGCUUUUUAUAGCUUUCUCUGUGGUAUGGGUUCUUGCUCAUUAUUGAAGGCCCUAUGGUAACCUAUAGUUGUUAACAUCUACGCUAUCGUCACUGGUGUAUUUUUAUCAUUGGUAAUCAUACCACAUCUUAUUUGAUGAUGAUGUUAAAAUAAAGUUUUAAAUAUUAUUUUUCAUUAUAAUCAAUUUAACAGAUCAUAUUUUUGAAAGGUGAUAUAUAUUACUUAGAUAGUAUGUUGUUUGAACCUGAGAUCAUGUAAGAGAUUUUAAGUAGGUCUUAACUAUAAAAUAGAAAUUUGUCGAAAUAAUUAGACCACAAGCUAGCCUUAAUAAAAGUGUUUAGAUCAUAAUUGUUCACCUUUGUCACGAAUUUAAACUUCAUUUAGUGAAAGGUAAUAGGAAAAUUCGUUUGAUGUGUUUGAGCUUUUGAUUUUGCCAUUUGAUUAGGGACUUCCCUUUUUUGAAUUUUCCUCGGAGUUCAGUAUUUUUGUGAUUUUACUUUUUUUCCAUCAAUUUCAUAUUCUAUUUCUCAUGCAUCAUUAUUACAAUGUAUAGACUGUUUUAUAAAGAUCUGUUUUGAUAUUUUAAGUUUAAGUGUAUAAUCCUUGUCACGUAUGCCAUUUCUCUUUUUAUAUAUAAUGAAUUCACUCCUGUUAUGUCCUAUAAGAUAGCUCGACUUCAGAUAGUUUUUAUUUGUCGUGUGUCAGAGUUUGAUAAAAUUUAUUUUUGUUCUGUUGUUGUUUGGUUUUGAUUAAUUUUAUUUUAGCAGCGUUUUUAUAUCGGAAUAGAGAAGUAGCGUCACUGAAUCGUAUUUCAAUUAAAAAAAAAAACAUUUGACUGUUGUUAGUCAAGCUGCCUUUUGAACUUUGUAUUUUAUAUUUUUGAUUUGUGAAAGUGAAUACAUCCUUACCUAAUAUCUGGAUUUAUACUGCAACUAGUUAUGUUUAUUACCUAAAUAUAGUAACACAUCUAUAUUUUGUGCAAUGUCAAUUUCAUCUUAGAACACUUUCUCCACAAUCAGGGGUUCAUUAAGGGGUGAAAAUAAGUUUGAGAUUUUUGUUACGAUUUAAAAGCCAAUGAUGUAUUAAUUUAAUUUGCAGUAUAAAAACAAUAUUAGGUCAAUGUUAAAAAAUAUAAACUUUUUUUGUAUUCGGCACAAAAAUGGAGAUGGGCUCGGUAAAACCCCACCCUUCCCCAGUUUCUCAGUCUCAUACAAAAAAGUUUUUAUUUUUCUGACAUUGAUAUAAUAUUGUAUAUAUAUUCGUAGAAUACAUUGUAACUUUUGUGAAUUUAUUAACAAUUCAACAAUUCAAUAUUUUUAGAUAGAUGUAUUAUAUGUGUUUUCCUAAAUUGUGUUUACAUAUUUGAAAUGUGUAUUGUAUGUGUUUUUUAACUAAUGUGUUUACAUAUUUGAAAUUAUAUGUCUUUGUUUUAGUUACAA